AUGAUUCGAACAAGGAUUCACUCAGCUUGCAGGAGCAGUAUCAGAACGCCAGCUUUUUGUCAAUCAUUCUCAAGUGCCCGUCCAUCAUUACGGGAAGGAGACACUGGUGCCAUACGGCCAGGCGGCGUGGCUGCAUCAGACACCUUCAGUCGGCGAGAGCAUGUCAUUGAAGACUUAUAUGUGAAGCAACAUGAGCUUGAAAACAUCAGGAAGCUGAGAGAGAAGCUUGCCGCACAACGAAAGCACCUUGACGAGGUGGAAGAACAUAUCAACGAAAUGGAGAAGACUGCAGUGGAGAAGACAGAAUCCAAGUGA